AGUUCCGAUUUAUUGUAAAAUGUGUACACUUCCGUUUAUUAUAUAUUCUGGAGAUGGGAGUCAAUCAGGCAAGUGAUAAACAAUUGUGAAUAACUUACUUUGACAGCAUGAGGCGAGUGGGCUACUGGCUUAGUGAGAAAAAGAAGAAGAGGCUUAAUUUUGAGGACCAGAUUUCAACAUUCAGGUAUGCUUUCUGCAUCGUUUGCACAUUGGACGUUGACAAGAGCUUGGAGCCUCAGGGACCAUUUGACCUCAUUCUCCAUAAGUGUACCCUACUGAUGGUAGAUGCUGAGGAUGGCGAUGUACAGUCACUUACAGCCAUCAACAACAUCAAGAAAUACAUAUCUAGUCAUCCAGAAUGUAUCCUGGUGGAUUCGUUUGAAUCGAUAGAGAAGUUAAUUGACAGACACGAGCAAUACAAGCUGCUUCUUCAGUGCAAAACUCUUCUUAAUUCAGAAUCUGAAGUAUGCACACCUACUUUUGUUGAAUUGUCCACAAAAGACAUAGAAACGAAUAAACAAAAACUUAAGGAGGCUGAUGUCAAGUACCCUUUUGUGUGCAAACCAAUUGUGGCCCACGGAUCUUCAGCAUCUCAUAAGAUGGCAAUAAUUUUCAAUGACAGGGGGCUAGAUGAUAUAGAUCCACCAUGUGUGGCCCAGACAUUUCAUAAUCACAAUGCAGUCUUAUAUAAAGUUUUUGUCAUAGGAGAAAAAAAUCACAUUGUGGAAAGACCCUCCAUUAAAAACUUCUCAUCUAGGGAUCAGUCAACAAUUUACUUUGAUUCAAAUGAUGUUUCAAAGCCAAACUGUGCAAAUUUUCUUACAGAGCUUGAUGAAGAAGAUUUGCUACGAACCCCUAUCACACCCAACAAACAGAUUCUGAGUGAUCUAGCAAGGGCUGUCAGACAGGAACUGAAGAUGGAACUGUUUGGAAUUGAUGUCAUCAUUGACUGUGAUACCAAGAAGUAUGCUGUGAUAGACAUCAAUGCCUUCCCAGGUUAUGAAGGUGUUGAUAACUUCAUGGAAAUUUUAUGUGACCUACUUAAAUCUCUGAUGAACAGACGGGAUAAGGUGAAAAGUGAGAAUGAACAAAUGAGCAGAAAAAGACCAGAGAGUUCAGAAAAAGGUGACUCAAAGAAACCUAAGCUGCACAAUGGUGAUAAAAAUGGCAACUCUGAACUGGAACCAGCAACUUGUUUUGAAAGAAACCCCGACAUCAUUGAAGGUGACAUAUUGUUACCAUGGAAACCACCAAUAAAUGCACUUUUAGAACAUUAGACAUUACACUGAAGUUAUUAAGGGAACAAAUUAAACACCUUUGAAUCUUUACACAAAGCCAUUUAGGGUUGGGGGAAUACCAACAAUUUAUGUAAUAAAUAUGAUCUCUCCUUCCAAGCAUAGUGGGUUUGUUCACUGUAUGCAUUACAAUGAAAACCUUAAUUACAUUGUAUUUCAAUACUUGAAUUUGAUAGCAAUAAGCAAAUAUCAGUAAUAAAACACUAAUGGCUUCCACGAGUCAACCAGGAUUAUUAUACCUCAGAAGUUGUGUUAUUUCUUACAUGAAAAGUAAUAAUACUUAGUUUGCCCAUACUUUUGCAUUGAUUACAAAGAACUUAAAAAGCCAAGGUUUAUAAUGAUAUACAGAUAGGAACAAAAGUACCGAAAUUCUGUUGAAAUAACUUAAUGAAAAGGAACUUUCAGCUUCCAAGUUAUGACAAAAUGAAAUUAUUUCAUAUAAAUUAAUUUUCACUUUUGGUAGAAAUUUCAUUUAGGGGGAGGGGGGUUGUUUAAAGCACUUUGUUAAGAUCUGAAGACAAAAUUCUAGUCCUUUUUAUUUUUAAGCAUUUCUGAUGAGUGCUUAAAGGCUUUGAAGAAUAAGAGUUUUAUUUACACAGGAUAUUGAUGGUCAUAGGAAAGGGCAUUGUUUUUGUAUAUAUUAGAUUAUUCACUUUUAAAUGUUUUAAGGAUUAGGUGUUUUUACAAUAUAUGAAUAUACAUAUAGGUGAAUGGGAAUGUGUGUUAUAAUACAUGUCUUUGCUGAUCUUUAUAACUAAAAAGCAAUAAGAACUUUACCAGUAUUGUAAAUCGUUCCUUGUAUUGUAUCAUAUUCUAGGGUAGUAGAGUCGGCCAUCAUUAGAACAUUGUUAUUGAAUCCAUUUAGGAGGGGUUUAUCAAGAAGUUUGUGGACAGGUGCGAUAAAAAUCAACACUGUGAUACUAUCGAUACAAAAUUAAUAAGGUUUGGAAAACAACAAAAGAUUAAGAAGUUUUGAAAAUUUCACUUUGAUACAUUGAUAAUUUGUCAACUUAACCUCAAAUACAAAAGACAUUAUAUGGUCACCCAGUCCUUUAUGACGUUUGACAACAUCAUUGCUUCUCAAUAUCCGUUUCCUCUGUCUCUAUACGCUUGUAUUUAUGAGAUUUCCUAAUGUUAAGUAAAGACUAAAAACCUGUCUUAUUUAUGUGAUUUACAAUGUCAUAAGAGCUGGUUUUAAUGCAUAAUAUAGUAAAUGGAUCUGUGCAAAAGGGAAAGACUCUUGCUUAAUUGACUGUGUCAGAUUAAUUUAUUUGUCGGGGUUAAAUUUUUACCACACACAAACGUCACUUUUCGACGUAACUGACUUUGGACACCCGGACUACGAAUUGGCAUUAAAUGUGACUGUGUCUCUUCUCAUUAUUUUUUAUGGCAUUGAAAGAGAGGUAAUCUGGAUGUAUUUUAUUUCUUUCUAGCCUGUUUAAAAAAUUUCAAACAAAAAUAAACAAUAAACAAAAUAUACCCCAAAAAUAAUAAUAAUAAUUAAAAAAAUAAACAAUAAAUAAACAAAAAAAGUACCCCCACCCUCACCAUUUCUGAUGUCAUUUUAACCCCUUAAUAUUUGAGCAUUCUAUAUAAAAUUUACAAUAAAUUUUAAUGGAAAUCACAGAAUGAGGUAAAAAUUUGCAAACUUUAUGAAACAUUGUGUCACGCUACAUGAGUGAACUAAUGUGAUUAUUGCAUAUCAAAAUAUAUUUUUUCUCAGGUAGAAAUAUGUCGUAUUUUGAGGUUGCGCCGCUUGGUCAUACUAUUGCUUACAAAAACAUUGACAAUUUAUUUAAAAAUAAGACGUGUGAUUUAUAGUUUAUUUUGUAGAUAGAAAAGAUGAUGCUUACGAAAUGUGUAAAAAUUCAUUGAUGUAACUUGAGCAGUUUUAAUUUAAUGGCACUAAUUCACAAACUUUUUGAUAAACCCUUGUAUAAUUAUACAGUUUGUUGACUUAUGCUGUGUAAGCUGUUUAAUUGUUUUAGAUAGAAAAAAACAAAUUUUGUAGACAAUUUCCAUACCUCCAAAUCAGUGUUAUAGUUGUAUUGUAUACUAUAAAUUACAUUAUAUUGCUGAGAACACUUAAUUGAAGCACUGUUUUCUGAAAAUCUUCACUUAGCAAAGAAAAAGCCAAUUUAUGACAAAGGAAAAUUAUUAUUAUUACUUAUACAGUGAAUGAAAAGUAAAUAUUGAGAAUACAAAUGUAAUGUUGUCAUCUUAAUGAAAACAAAGCAACAUGGAAUGUGUUAUUUACAGUAAUAUAUACAUAAGAAAGGUGACACAGAAAGAAAAAUGACAUGACAUUCAAUAAUGGUAAACAGUUCAUAUUUUUUUGAAAAGGUUAAAAAAAUGUUUAGAAUAAGCACCUAUGUAGUAAUAAAUACAUGCUUAUAUAAGGAUUUCAGAAAUUGAAUUACAAAUAAACUGAAUAUGAUGAAUUGUGGAUAUAAAUCAGUUAUUUUGAUUUUACAUACGAGUUCAUGGAAACCUUGUUUUAAUGUGACUGUGUAGAUUAUAUAUCUAGUUAUUUACAUACUCUGUGCCUAGAUGAUCAGGAAAAUCUCAGAAAUUUCCUAUAUAUUUAUAGAAUGUAAUGUUAAUGUUAUUUCUUUAUGGAUUAACUUUUUUUAAGCAAAAAUUCUGUGCUCUUUAUUAUAUCCAUGAUAACAUUUUCAAUUUGUAUUUAUUUUGGACAAGGAAUCUCUGUUGUUAUUUCAAAUACAGCCAGGAAAAAGCUACGAAAUCUUCAUUAUUAUUAAGGUGUGGGGUAUCAAUUCUUCUCAUUAAUCGGCUUUUUAUGUUUGGCAAUGUCUGGUAGAUUUGUGAAAAGUACAGGUAAAAAUUGUAAAUCUUUCCAAAGAUUCUAGAGAAAUACAUGUAUAUUGCAAGAGUUCAGCGUGUUUUUCCAUGAGGCAAAAUAAUUGUUCUUUAUAGUAAAAAUUAUGUCUCAAUAUUUCACAAAAGGCCUUGACCAGUAGGAGAAUUCUUUAAAUAAAUUAAUAAUUGUAAAGAGAGAAGCCAAUUAAAGUUGUAAAUGUUUGAGGAUCUGUCAUUUACAUGUACAAUGCAUCAGUACACAGAGAUUUGUGUUUGGCUUGAAUUGAAUAGAAUAAAUUACAAUGCUGUUGACAUGGUUGAUUUUACACGUUUUAAUUUUUCUCUUUUAGUCUGUUUUUAAGAUUUAUUUUGAUAAGAUUUCAGUGUCAUGGAAUUGAACACAGCUUUAGACAAGUCUGAUAUAUUUACUUUAUUUUGAAAUUAAUAUAAAUGCUAUUGCUCAAAUUCCCUAUACAGAAUUAAAAAAAAUUGCUUGAUUUAUGUAUCAUUGAAAUAAAGACAACCAGUAUCUAUGAUAUUUUACAACAGAGCUAUACUAUAUAUUGUUAUGACUUUAUUAUUACGGUGUUUUUAGAUUUUUAUUGUUUGAUAUUGCAUUUAUUGUGAUCAUGUGACACACCCAUGUGAUGUGAAGAGAAGAACAUUACAGGCUGUAUAAGUUUCCCUUUAUUGGACCAUAUUUUUGGUUUGACAUAGGUACAUUAUUUAUUGGACAUCCUUUGCUGAGUGAUAUAAGUAUUAACAGUGUUGUUUAUGAUUUACAUACAUGCAUGUUUGUUAUGCAGCUUUUCUUGUAAGUGUAAACAUAGCUGAUUUGUUAAUAAAUUUUAUAUUAGAUGAA